AUGAUUCGGAGGGGUCGGAUGAGGAGGGCGACGAGACACGGGCUGGUGGGAGGGCAGGUGAGCAGCGGCGGCGGCGAGUGCGUCAAGGUGAAUCAUGACGAGGGCUUGGGUGGAGGGUCAGGUGCGCGGUCAGAGGGAGCGGGGCAGGGCGGGCAGCAGGCGCGCGAGGCAGCGGGGCUGGAGUGGAUGCUGCACGCACCGGAGCGACUGCUGGGGGAAACGAGGGCGGAGGAGGACGAGGAGGACGGCAGGAAAGAGGUGGAGCUGGGAAGCAGUGCAAGGGAGCUCAACCCCUACUUCAAGACCGCGGACGGCUUCCCUGACUCUGCUGCCGCCCACCCUACCGGGGACCCUGCCGUCCGUCAAGCCGCCCAACGGCCGGGCUCUGCCCGCCCAGCACCGCCGCCCGGUGUGGGCGAUGGCGGUGCCAGCUGGCGGCUGAAGGCCCUGCAGCGAGCCAAGGAGCAGGCGGAGCGCGAGGGGAAGCGGCUGAGCGAGCCUCUCCCUCCCCCAUCCCUCCCCCAUCCCUCCCCCAUCCCUCCGCCAUCCCUCCCCAUCCCUCCCCCCCCCUCCCCCUCUCCUCCCCCCCCCCAGGUGGUGUCGGACCGGUGGGGCUCGCUCUCCUCCCUGACCGCGCGCCUCUCCUCCGCCCGCGCUGCCCCCGCCUUCGCCCACAAGCAUGCUGCCCGCCACCGCGAGAGGGGCGCGGGGGCGGAUAGAGGGGACGAGGGGGCGGGGGCGCAGGAUGGGAGGGGAGAGGGAGAAAGGGAGGGGAAAAGGAGCAGAGGUGGUGAAGGGUCGAGGAUUGAAGAUGAGGAAGGGGGUGGAGGGAGAGGUGGAGAUGGAAAGGGCUGGAGAGGCAAGGAGGGAGGCACAAGGGACAAGGGAAGCGGAGGCAGGGGAGGUUGGAGGCAGGAGGGGGAGCGCGAGAUUGAGGCAAAUGGGCGUGGAAGAAAGGGUGGGCGGAAUGAUAGUGGUGAGGAGGAGGAGGAGGAGGAAGAGGAGAGGCGGAUGAGGGGCGGCAGGAGGGGGUACCUGGAGGGCGUGUCAGGAGGGGCGAGGGCGGGCAUGAGGGUGCCGCAGCAGGAGUCGGUGUCGUGGCGCCGGCGAGGGGAGGGAGGGGCACCAGAUGGGAGGGGGAGAACUGGCGACAAAGUGAGGGAUGGGGAAGGAGGCGAGGGCAAGGGUAGCGAGGAGAGGAAGCAGGCGUGGAAGGGGGUGGGGGCGUGGAGGCCGGGCAUGGGCGUGGGAAGACGGGGUGGGUGGGUGGAUGGGGUGCUGGAGGAGGCGGCUCGCAGCGUGAAUGCCUUUGCUGACGACGGCGGCUUCCUGGCGCAGCAGCUGGCCCGUGGUGACGUGGCGGGGCAAGGCACGGGCGGAGGAGAGUCGGAGAGGGGGGUUGGGGCCGGGGAGGAGGCGAGGGGUGCAAACGGUGGGAGGAGAGGAGCAGCAGGGGAGAGAGGCCGGGAAGCAGCAGGCAGUGGUGGGGCUGGUGGAAAUGCAGAGGGAGUAACCGCAAGUGAUGGGGAGAAGAGUGAAAGGAGGAGGGAGGGUGGUGAGAGAAGGGCGAGUGAGGACGGUGGAACGAGGGGUGCAGGAGAGGAGUUGGGGAGAUCUGCGGAAGGGGGGAGGGAGGGCAUGGAGGGUGGUGCUGAGCGCUCUGGUGCGGCUGCUGUGGAUGCGGGCGAUGCACGGGUGGGAUGGGCGCAGGUGGGAUGGGCGCAGGUGGGAUGGGCGCAGGUGGGAUGGGCGCAGGUGGGAUGGGCGCAGGUGGGAUGGGCGCAGGUGGGAUGGGCGCAGGUGGGAUGGGCGCAGCAUCACCAUCACCAUCCUCAUCACCAUCACGAUCACCCGUUCACCUCACAGCGUGCAGCAGUGGCCAAGUCCCAGCCCCCUCCGCCAGCACCACCGCCCGCACUGCUGGCUGCACCUGCCACAUCCACAGUGGAGCCCCGGGCCUUGGCGGAGGCCAGGGGGGACGGAGAGGGGGAGGCGGGGGAGGGGGAGGGGCGGAGGGAGGUGGUGCAGCUGCCGCUGGUGGAUGGCAGCGGGCGCUACCUGCCAGCUGUCAUGGCGGCACGGGAGGGGAGGGGCGAGGUGCAGGCGGGGCGGCGGGAGAAGCGUGUGGAGCGAUACGAUGUGGAGGCAGGCACGGGGCAGCGGGCAAGCUCCCACCCUCCUUGUGCCGGCCCUCGGUCAGGCUUCGUUGCUGCACGCAUGGUAGAGUGUGGGCUAGGUGUGGUGGGCAGAGGGGAUGGACAUGGGAUGGGAGAGGCAAGGGGAGGAAUGGAUGCCGAAGGGCAGGGAAUGGCAAGCAAGAGCAGCUCAACCUCAUCUGCCAUUCCUUCUCUUCCUUCCGCCCCUCCUUCACUUGACUAUGCCCCUCCUUCACUUGACUAUGCCCCUCCUUCACUUGACUAUGCCCCUCCUUCACUUGACUAUGCCCCUCCUUCACUUGACUAUGCCCCUCCUUCACUUGACUAUGCCCCUCCUUCACUUGACUAUGCCCCUCUCACCGGGAGCGCCCCCGCCCGCGCUGCAGGCAUCGGGCGGGCGGGCGGGCGGUACAAGGGACCGGUGGAGGUGGAUGAUGAAUACGACUGGGAUGAGGGGCUGCAGGCAGGCGGGGGAGGAGGGGGGCGGAAGAAGGGCAGGCCGUCACAGCAGCAGAGGGAGAAGGCGGGGCAGGUGGGCGAUUUCAGGCGGCAGGCGGCGGUGCAGCAGCGCUGCCAGCAGUGCAUCGACAGCCCCGCCCGCCCUCGCCACCUCGUGGUGUCUGUUGCCGCCCACAGCUACCUCAUGCUGCCGCCCGGGGGCUCUCUGCUGCCCAACCACGUGCUCAUCGUGCCGUCCGAGCACGAGGGCAGCAUGCGGGUGGUGGAGGAGGCGGUGUGGGAUGAGGUGCGCAACUUCAAGAAGUGCCUCACGCGCAUGGCCAUGGCCGUGGACGACGGCGCGGGGGUGAUCUUCCUGGAGAGCGCCAUGGGGGUGGGCGGGGCGGGGCGGCAGCGCAAGCACUGCUACGUGGAGGCCUUCCCCGUGCCCGCUGCUGUCAUGGCCCAGGCUCCGCUCUACUUCAAGAAGGCGUUGGACGAGGCGGAGAGCGAGUGGAGCCAGCAGCACAGCAAGCGCAUCAUCGACACGCGCGCCAUCAGGGGCGGGCUGCGCGGCGCCAUCCCGCCCAACUUCCCCUACUUCCACGUCGAGUUCGGCCUGCAG